AUGGAGAGUCCUGACUACAUGCCUGGCCCAGCUCUACAUCUGAAUCACAGGCGACUGAAAAACCCAGACCAACGGAAGAUAGAGAGAAGAACUUCUCAGCUCACAGAAGGGAUGGGGAAGGUGAGAGCAGAGCAUCUGGAGAAGCAACUUCUCCCACCACAGCCCUCUUCUGUAGUCAUGUACUCGGACAAGGAUGGGACGAAUCAGCAGAACACACAGCAGACCAGCACUGCAGCCAGCAAUGAGACAAGAGAAUGCCAAGUCAGACCCUCUGAAUUCUCACUGUUCUUCCCAGGAUGUGACUUCUCUGACACCACUGCUGGACAGAUGGGAGUAAAGCUCAGCUAUUCCAGGUUGGACUGUCUCAUGAAGGGCUAUCCUUGUGCAGCAGCACAGCCUUCAGUUUUGUUUGUCCUGGGGCUUCUCCUGAUGGGUGCUCUUGGCUUCAUCUGGAAACUGCGCCAGGAGAAAGAGCUAGAAUGCCAGAUCAAAGAGAAACUCCAAAAAGAACUCAACUGGAGAAAAGCCCAGAAAGCGGAUGAUUGGAGAAAAGCUCAGACCCAUGCUGCUAAUGUGACUCUGGAUCCAGACUCUGCUUAUCCUGAACUCUAUCUAUCUGAAGAUCACCGAACUGUGAUGCGGCAAAACACAUGGCAGGAUCUGCCCGAGAAUCCUGGGAGAUUUUUUCUUGACCCUUGCGUGCUGGGCAAUGAGGCCUUCUCUUCAGGGCAGCAUUACUGGGAAGUAGAAGUGGGAGACAGGACUUACUGA